AUGCCAUCCUUCUUGAGCGCUUUCUUCUUUGGUCACCGUCGCAGCCGCUCUGCAGAUACUCGGCGUCUUUCUCGAGAACCUCCUCCGUCUUACAAUGACUCUCUGGCUGUCCCUGACGCCUCUCUCAAGCGUUCAACAUCCAGUCGAGAAAGCAAAUACGAUAAUCCACAAUGGUUAAGACAACCAAUGCGGCAGAGCACAUUGGAGGAUGCGCUCGAGCUUCUUGUCAAGUAUGAUACUGUUAUCCUUGUGGAUGACUCCGGCUCGAUGCAACUGUCCUCUUCUCAUGGCAAAACUCGUUGGCAAGAGGCUGGAGAUGCUCUUGCGCAGCUCGCCACCACCGCUGCACAGUAUGAUGCGGACGGCAUUGACAUCCAUUUCCUAAAUCAUGUUCAUAUGCAGAACAGCUCGCAACAUUUGAGGACUGCAGAGGCGGUCAGACGGGUAUUCAACGAAGUUUCGCCCCGUGGACCCACCCCCACCGGAGAUCGCCUUGAUCAACUGCUAAAGCCAUAUAUAUCGAUGCUCGAAGAAGCCAAAAUCGACGCUGAUGGCACGCCACGAAACCGCCAAACAAAUGAGAAAAUUAAACGGGUCAACUUCAUUGUCAUAACGGAUGGGCAGCCCACCGACGAGCCUUCGGAGGUCAUUGUGCAUGCAGCAAAGCGUUUUGGCGCCAUUCGUAAUAUCUGUCCAAUUCAGGUCGGCAUCCAAUUCGUGCAAAUCGGAGACGACCCCAACGCGACAGCGGCACUCAGUCGGUUAGAUGACGACCUCGCGCAGGAGAACGGGAUUCCUGAUAUCGUUGACACAACACCCUAUACGAAACUGCAUCCAAUCACAGCAGAUGGUAUCAUAAAGUGUCUGAUUGGAGGAAUUAACCGUAGAGUGGACAAACAACCAUGGAAUUCAACUGCGGUAAGCACUGAGCAAAUGCCCAAAUGGAUCGGAGAACAUCUUUCUCGGUUGGCCUAA